AUGCUCGUCGAAGAAACAGGAACGGGUGAAUCGGAUCGCGUGUAUCUCAAUAAACAAUUCCAAACUCUUCAAGAACGUUGGAACAAAUUUUUCCCCCUACAAGAAAAAAUAGAACGAAUUAAUCCUACAGAUGUAGAACAAGAUGAAGGUUUACACAUGGAAGAUAGAUAUUAUCAAAUCAUCGCGAAGGUUAGCAAUAUAUUGCCGAACUUGCAACGCGACACCUCAUCUACCACGACGGUAUCAGAUCCUGAAGCAAGCAUCUCAGUACCCAGUUCUUCAAAUAUUCCGGUGAGGUUACCACAAAUUCAGCUAAGUAACUUCGACGGAAAUCAUGAAGACUGGGCGCCCUUUUACGACAUGUUUACCGCGCUCAUUCACGAGAACAAAGAUCUAACUCUAGUGCAAAAAUUUCAAUAUUUACGAUCUGCACUUAAAGGAAGAGCUCUCAAAACCAUAGAAUCAUUAGAAAUAACCGGACGAAAUUACGAGGAUGCCCUAACAAUGCUGAACAAAAAUUAUGAUCGGAAACGGCAGGUAAUUGAAAGACACUGGAUUGCUCUUAGCGAAUUUCCACGUGUCGCAAAGGAAUCAUCCGGAUCGUUAGAAGAAUUAGUGGAUGCCUUUCGACAACAUCUCCGAGCGAUCGAAAAUAAGGGUCAAUCCGUAAAGACGUGGAGCAUCCCCAUAAUUCAUCUCAUUCGGUCAAAAAUCAACGUAUCGUUAAUGACAGAAUGGGAGCUAUCGAUAAAAACUAACGAAGUUCAAUCAUACACCGACUUACUCGAUUUCCUUGAAGCUCGAGCGAAUUGCUCAGAACAUACCUUGACCGCGCCAAAGACCACAACCUCGAACCCAAGGGCCAUAAACUCUCGAAACUUUAAGCCAGGUACGGCGCGUCGCGAACGACAGGGAACGCACCUCCGCGGUCAAAGUUUCGUUACAACGACGAACGCUUCUUCAACCAAACCAACGUGCCCCAUAUGCAACCAAUCUCAUAAAGUUUAUGGUUGCGAGGACUUUCAAAAAAUGACAACUCAAGAGCGGAUCCAAGCUGUAUCGAAGGCGGAACUCUGCAUGAAUUGUCUAGGAAGGCAACAUUCGGCAAAAACCUCUUCAGAAACCGAAGUAUCACGAACUCCGCAGCCCAGCUCUGCAUCAUCAUCUAACACAGUCGCCGAUCAAUUGAUUGCAACUGCGAAAAUUCUUGUGUUGGAUAACUCUGAACGACUCAUAUCGUGUAGAGCCGUUCUCGACACAGCUUCGUCGAUUAAUCUCAUCACUGAAACCUUAGCAAACGAACUCAACUUGCCGAAAGGGACGUGCUCCGUUCCCAUCGGCGCUGUAGAUGGUAUGUCAACCAUUUCUCACUACGUGAUCCAAGCCACAAUCCAAUCUCGGAUUACCGGAUACAAGAAGACUCUUGACUUCUUCAUUGUUCCCCAAAUUAGCUCACUCACGCCUCCAGAACAUGUCGAUUGCUCCUCUAUAGUGAUCCCAAAAAACAUUCGGAUGGCUGAUCCUGAUUUUGACAAACCAGCUCCACUACAGAUCUUGUUGAGCGCAGGUCCCUCUAUGGCCACGCUCUCAAUCGGGACAAUCCGUCUCUCAUCAACUCAGGACCCAGAUCUUUAUCUACAAAAAACCUUACUUGGUUGGGUCAUCGUGGGUAAUAUCUCUUCCCAUACAAUAAUCGAUCAGCAAACAAGCAGCGCUACCUGCAACACGUUGAAACUACAGGAGGAUAUGAGCAGGUUCUGGGAGCUGGAAGAAGGCCCCGUCACCAAAUAUCUCUCCGCAGAAGAACAAUCGUGUGAAGAUCAUUUCACAAAACAUGUAUCUCGCAAUCCUAGCGGACGUUACGUCGUAGCCCUACCUUUCAACGAAAAGAAAAACCAGCUCGGAUUAUCCAAAGAUCUCGCUCUUCGACGUCUCCAAACUCUCGAACGACGCUUCGCCAAGGACGCUCAUUUCAAACAGCAAUAUACCGAGGUCAUUGAAGAGUAUAUAAAUCUCGGACACAUGACAAGGGUACCAUCUAACGACGAAGAAGGAUUUUAUCUCCCACAUCACGCUGUCAUCAAGGAAACCAGUCAAACCACGAAGGUACGAGUAGUGUUCGAUGGUUCCGCUAAAUCAACCACAGGGAUAUCGCUGAACGAAUGUCUCAUGACUGGACCAACUAUUCAAGACGAUCUUCUUACCUUAAUCCUACGUUUUCGACUUCACAACUACGUCUUAACAGGAGACAUCGAGAAAAUGUAUAGGCAAUGUCUUGUUCGACCGGAGGAUAGGAAAUAUCUACGAAUUCUCUGGAAGGAAAACGACGGUUCAAUCGCUACGUUCGAGCACAACACUGUGACGUUCGGACUCACGUCAGCCCCAUUUCUCGCGAUAAGAACCAUAGCUCAACUAGUUGAAGACGAAGGUCAGGACUUUCCAGCAGCAUCCCAGGCCUUAAAAAAUGCUCUGUAUGUCGAUGAUCUGCUAACAGGUGCACCAACAAUCGAAGAAACUAUUAACUUGAGGAACGAAGUUGUCGCUCUACUAAAACGAGGAGGCUUCAACUUACGCCAAUGCGCUUCGAACGACAUACGUGUGUUAGAAGGCUUGCCCGCAACCAAAGUAAAUCUACAACUUCUAGCCGGUGAUGAUCCGAAUCUCAAAACUCUGGGCGUAUAUUGGAAUUCCGAAACAGAUAAUCUGAUAUACACCGUCAAACCUAUAAACCUUUCAUCACGCUUUACAAAAAGGACAAUCUUCUCCGAAACUGCGCAAAUCUUCGAUCCCUUAGGAUUGGUAAAUCCAGUCAUUGUUCAUGCUAAGCUGAUAAUGCAAGAACUUUGGCGAAUGAAACUCGAUUGGGACGAAUCCAUUUCUACAUGGCUUCAUACCAAAUGGACCGAGUUCGCAGGGCAACUCAACCUGCUUAACCAAUUAUCAUUUCAUCGAAACCUUCUUCAUAAAAAUGCGAAGGAUAUCCAAGUACAUGGUUUUUGUGACGCUUCAGAAAAGGCUUAUGGAGCCUGUAUUUAUCUCCGAUCAGACAAUGGUAACACCCAGGUAUCCUUGUUCUGUGCCAAAUCAAGAGUGGCCCUCAUAAAAACGGUACAAACUAUACCAAGACUCGAAUUAUGCGCAGCGCAAUUACUCGUAGACUUGUACGAGAAUAUCAAAUCAACUCUCUCGGUACCGAUCAGUAAAACAAUAUUCUGGUCAGACUCGUCAAUUACGUUGAACUGGUUAAAUACAUCUCCACAUGUAUUAAAAACCUUCGUGGCAAAUCGAGUUGCAAGCAUCCAAUCACGAGCGAAGUCGGUAGAAUGGAGACACGUCCGAACAAAGGACAAUCCCGCCGAUGCUUUAUCUCGCGGACAAUUACCGACCGAAUUUACAAAAAACAGUCUUUGGAUGCACGGUCCAGCCUGGCUGACAGAGGAUGAAACUCAAUGGCCGUCGAUUACACUGAACGUAGCACAGGAAAUUCCAGAAUUACGUAAUGCAACCUGCCUUAUCAUCACCGGAGGAGACUCGAUGCUUGAACGAUACAGUACGUUUACGGAGCUACAAAGAGUCACCGCUUAUUGUCUGCGAUUUAGAAACCGAAGAACAGGUCCUCUCAUAGUAGACGAACUAAGAACAGUUACUCUACGCAUUAUCGCAUGGAUACAAAGAAUCUGCUUCGCAUCUGAGCUACACGAUCUGCAACGAGGUCGUCCAAUUAAUUCAAAGAGUUGUCUAACACCUUUAGAUCCUGGGAUUGAUGAAGACGGAGUCAUAAGAGUCGGCGGUCGUUUAAAUCAUUCAUCUCUCUCGUAUAAUCAGAAGCAUCCCAUAAUUUUACCAAAAAACCACAAGAUCACAGAACUCAUCAUCCGGAAGGAACACAUCUCAGGCCUCCAUGCCGGUACUCAAGCUACACUCUACAACCUCCGAAAAAACUACUGGAUCAUCGAUGGACGACGACAAAUAAGCAACGUAAUCCAACACUGUGUGACCUGUGCCAAACUGAAUCCUCGUCCAAUCAAUUACAAAAUGGGUCAACUGCCAAACGUCCGGGUAUCAGAAGCUAGACCAUUUAUUCAUUCAGGCGUAGAUUAUUGCGGUCCAUUCUUCAUCAAAGAAAAACGUGUACGAAAUCAAAACAAAGUCAAGGCCUACAUAGCUGUUUUCACAUGUUUAGCCACAAAGGCAGUUCACAUAGAAUUAGUGAGCGAUCUUACCACCGAUGCCUUUAUUGCCGCACUACGACGUUUUACUGCCAGACGCGGCCGCUGUAAUUCUAUGUACUCAGACAAUGGCACAAACUUUGUUGGGGCUAAAAACGAAAUCCAGGAAAUACAGACCCUAAUACGUUCAUCGGAGCAUAACGAAAAGGUGCAAAACCAUUUAUCAGAAAAGGAAAUCACUUGGCACGUUAAUCCUCCAUAUUCACCGCAUUUUGGAGGAAUCUGGGAAGCCGUCGUCAAGUCGUUCAAACGGCAUUUUUUGCGUGUAGUUGGCACUGAAACCCUCACUUUCGAACAACUGACUACUCUUGCAACCGAAAUCGAAGCAAUUCUUAAUUCUCGCCCAUUAACUCCUCUAUCCUCUGACAUUAACGACCUUCUCCCUCUCACUCCUGCACAUUUUCUGAUUGGUGACACGAUGACAAGUUUACCCCAACAGGAUUUCUCGGAGAUUCCACCCAACCGUCUCUCCAUCUGGCAAAAUAUUCAAAGGAUGAGACAGUCAUUCUGGGAUAGAUGGCACAAGGAAUAUCUGUCGGAACUCAACGCCCAUUACCGAUGGACCACCGGGUGUCACGCCAUCAAGGAAGGCUCCUUCGUUCUCAUCAGGGACGAUAACCUUUCACCCAUGCAGUGGCGCAUGGGCCGCGUAACAACAAUCCAUCCAGGAGCAGACGGCGUGAUCCGCGUCGUCUCCAUCAGAACAGCGAAAGGGGUGGUCGAUCGGGCCGUAUAG